GUUUAGGAACUGGAAAAAAGGUGACAAAACUUAUGUGGAGUUUGCAAGAGAUUUGGAGAUUAAUUUCAAUCGAUGGUGCACUUCCUCUGAGGUUAAAACACUUGGUGACCUCUGUAAUUUAAUGGUUUUGGAACAAUUUAAAAACUCUGUUUCUCAUAAUAUUGCAGUGUACAUUAAUGAACAGAAGGUUAAAACAGAGUCAGAAGUUGCAGUGAUGGCUGGUGAUUUUGUCUUGACACAUAAAGAUACAAGUGGAGAGCAAGCAGAUGGAAGAAGAGCUCCAACCUGGCAUUCGACACAUUCUGGAGGUUCUUUUUUGGAUCGCAGUAACCAUGAUCUGGACAAAAUUUGUAAUUAUUGUCACAGAAAAGGUCAUUGGAAGAAAGACUGUGCUUUGCUGAAAUCCCGAAAUAAAAAUGAAACUCGGGUUAAACCAGCAGCUGCGUCAGUUUUUGUAAGUGUUCCUCACAAAGUGGCUGAAGUGUCAUUUUCUGGAAAAUCUGAUCUGAGUUCUUACAAACCAUUUCUGUUGGAAGGACAAGUUUCUUUGGUUGGGAGGGACGUUAAGGCGCCAGUUACUAUCUUAAGAGAUACUGGUGCAUACGAUUCAUUCAUUUUGGCAUCUGUUUUACCUUUUUCAGAUGAUUCUGACACUGGAUUAUCUAUACCUGUGUUGGGUAUGGGCAUGUCUGUGUUUUGUGUUCCAGUACAUAAGCUCAUGAUCCAUUCAGAGUUGUUUGAAGGAGAAGUAAGGAUGGGUGUGAGACCUGCACUGCCUGUGAUGGGUGUUACAGUUAUACUGGGGAACAAUAUAGCUGGAGGGAAAGUCUGGCCUGAUCAACCAGAGGCUCCAGUUGGUGUUUCAGUACCUUUGAUCAGCAGUGGCCCUGAUGACAAUGAAAAGUCACACCCUGACAUUUUCCAAGCAUGUGCUGUGACACGGGCAAUGAAAGCAUCCAGUCAUGUACAUCAGGAUGAAGACUUCGGAAAAGAUAAACAGAUUUCCUCUUCAUGUUUGUCUAAUAUUCCUUUAUCUAUUUCACAGAAUGAUCUGGGACAGGAGCAAAGAUCUGACCCCACCAUACAGCAUUUAUUUCAGUCUGCAUUGUCUGCUGAGGAGAUGCAGAGCCAUGCUCAUAGAUACUUUGUUGAAAACAAGAUAUUGUUAAGGAAGUGGAUGCCAUGUGGUGAGAAUGAUAUUGGGGAGCCAGUUUAUCAGGUUGCGGUGCCUUUGAAAUGGCGUGACUUAGUUUUGCAGGUGUCUCAUGAUGAAUCUGGACACAUGGGAGUUAGGAAAACCUACGACCGCAUUUUGAGAAAUUUCUUUUGGCCACGACUGAAAAAGGAUGUUUCUUCUUAUAUUAAAACUUGUCACACCUGUCAACUUACUGGUAAACCCAAUCAAGUGCUAAACCGGGCACCACUGUAUCCUAUUCCAACUAUUGGUAGACCGUUUGAGCACUUAAUAAUUGAUUGUGUGGGUCCUCUUCCCCCUUCACGUUCAGGUGCAAAGUACCUAUUGACUGUUAUGUGCCAAAGUACCAGGUAUCCAGCAGCAUAUCCAUUGCACACACUUACUGCAAAGUCUGUGGUGCGGGCUCUUAUGCAGUUUAUUGGUAUUUUUGGGAUACCUAAAGUCAUUCAAAGUGACCAAGGAUCUAAUUUCUCCUCUCAUAUGUUUGCACAGGUUUUGAAGCAGCUGCACAUUAAGCAUAACCAGUCUACAGCAUACCAUGCGCAGAGCCAAGGAGCGCUGGAACGAUUUCAUCAAACAUUAAAAUCUUUGCUCCGUGCUUAUUGUGUUCAGAUGACUGCUGAUUGGGAGGAUGGUCUACCUUGGUUGUUGCUUGCAGCAAGAGAAGUAACACAAGAGAGUACGGGCUUUAGCCCUAACGAAUUGGUGUUUGGUCAUACUGUGCGUGGUCCGUUAAAAGUUUUGAGAGAUGAGUGCCAGGAUGCUGAACCACCACAAAACCUGUUGAAUUAUGUUAAUGGGUUUAAGCAGAGACUCUUUACUGCUACUCAGUUGGCAAAACAGAAGUUAUCAUCUGCACAGGAAAAAAUGAAGCGUUUGUAUGAUAAGAAAGCUGAACAUCGUGUUUUUCUUUCAGGUGAUCAAGUAAUGGCUUUACUUCCUGUUGUGACUUCGCCAUUUCAGGCCAAAUUUUCUGGUCCGCACACAGUUUUGAAACGGCUGUCUGACCAAAACUAUCUCAUUGCAACUCCAGAAAGGCGGAAGAAACGGCGAAUACUUCAUGUCAACUUAUUGAAACCUUAUCAUGUUCGUGCUGAUAAUGUCAUUGCAGAUGCGUUAUCAAGAGCACCAAAUAUUAAUGCACAGGUUGCCCAGGGUUCCAGUGGGGACCCUGUCUUGAAGAGGGGGGGUGUUACGGCCCAAGGCCUUUUUCUCUGGGUCUCUAACCUCCAUGUUUUGGACUCCUUGAUUGGAAGUGGAGGCAGCUGGCCAGUGUCUCCAGAUGACAUCAGAUCCACCAUAAGAUGCACCACUUCCUCUGACUAGGCAGCUCAUUCUUUCUGUCUCCCUGCCACUCUCUCCCCCUUCUCCCUUUCUUCCCCAACCAGUUAUGGUUUUUUUUUGUUAAAUAAAUUCCCUUUUAAGU